GACCUUCCUCCGCUCUCAGUGAGUCUGAGAGGGGCAGCACUGAAGCAAUAAGCCGGUAACAGCUCCUACGGUCCCCCACGCAAGCCACAGAAAUGAACAACAACUUAGUCGGAGAUGAAGUCGGUAAACUUUUUGUGGGUGGCUUGGACUGGAGUACCACACAAGAGACACUUAGAAACUACUUCUCACAGUAUGGGGAAGUAGUAGAUUGUGUCAUCAUGAAGGACAAAGCUACAAAUCAGUCGCGAGGCUUCGGCUUUGUCAAAUUCAAAGACCCCAAUUGUGUACGGACAGUGCUGGAGACAAAGCCGCAUAAUCUUGAUGGAAGAAAUAUUGACCCGAAGCCAUGUACUCCCAGAGGAAUGCAACCUGAAAAGUCUCGAACCAAGGAGGGCUGGAAGGGCAGCAAAGCCGAUAGCAAUAAAUCAAAGAAGAUAUUUGUAGGUGGAAUCCCCCAUAACUGCGGCGAGCCUGAACUCAGGGACUAUUUCAAUAGAUUCGGAGUGGUCACAGAGGUGGUAAUGAUCUAUGAUGCGGAGAAGCAGAGGCCCCGAGGUUUUGGAUUUAUUACUUUCGAGGCCGAACAAUCAGUGGACCAGGCUGUCAACAUGCAUUUUCACGACAUCAUGGGCAAAAAAGUGGAAGUAAAGAAGGCUGAACCUCGUGACAGCAAAGCUCCUGGCCAGGUCGGCCCUGGCCAGUGGGUGCCCCGGGGCAUCCUGAGCACAGCCAAUGGGUGGACAGCACAGCCUGCCCCAGGCUGGCAGCAGCCUUACGGGGCGCAGGGAGUGUGGGUGUCGACUACUGGCCAACCCUUAGAUCUGUUCUGUGUUGGAGCAGGUGGCUAUGCACCUCAGCUGACAGCAAGCCGCGGUCACCCCACACAUCCUCCGUCACCUUUCAACGGAUUCCUGGUCACGACCCCGGCAGGCGGCUUCGCUGCACCUCAGGCCUUCCCUCAGCAAGGCUACAGCACCGCACCUCAGUUUGGUUACAGUUUCAGCACACCCGCAGCAGACCAUUACGCUCAACAGGUUCCUGCUCCGCCCACAACUCCAGGAACUGCACCUCUGGGCUUUGCUUCCGCCACCACACCGACUCAGGACUCGAGCAAAGCUCCCAUUGGGCAGCCUGACUUCCCCUAUUGCCAGUAUGGGUACGGGCAGGACCUGACCGCCUUCAGCCACACCUUUGCAGACCCCAGCCAGCCCACGGCUUCCUACGGGACAGCACAGCCCGCCGGCCCCCAGGCCACUGCCACUGCAUUUGGCAGAGGGCAGAACCACAACGUACAGGGCUUCCACCCAUAUAGACGCUGACCACCACCUCUGGGCAGGGCAGCUGUGUAAAGUGCAGAAAAAGAAAAAAAAAUAGAAGUCAGGGAAAUGUGUUCUUGCUAAAAAGCAAAACUGGAGUUCUGGAUUGUUCUGUGGGAAUGUUGACUGCACACAGUUUGUGAAACAGAAACGUUUGUGAAAGCAGGGAUUCCAGUUAAGUCAAAUGGGUCUAAAGAAACCCAGGUUUUAUUUUUUGCAUAACUUUAUGAACAUUCAGCAGAAUGAAGCUUUUAUCCCCCACCCACCCCAUCCCAUGUUUUAUAGUAGGACUAAACUACUUUGCAAUAAUUUUGAUUGUCUGGUCAAACACUAGCACAGAGACAUUAUGUAAAGAGACUUGCAUAUAAAUAUGUAUAUUUACGGUGGACACAAAUGAAAACAGGGUCUCAAGUUUCCUCAGCUUUAAAUUCUAGGGAAAAAUGUUUUUAUUUUUCAUUUGGUGGUUUUGUUUACUUUCUGAGCCUUUAAAGUUUGUUUAAAAUGGAGAUUAUGAAUAUAUAUAUAUAUUAUACACAAACUGUGCAAUUUUUUAAAAAGAGAAUUUUGUACUAUUAAUGUACACUUUGCUUGUUUUUUUAUUUAAAGAUGUAGACUUCCCUCAGGUGGCUCUUUUGGGUGCAUUUUUUGCACUUACGCAAAAAGAAAAAAAGGACAAAUUAUUACAAAAAUAAAUGUUUUAAGGAUACA